AUGAGAGGCCUGGAACCACCAUUUUGUAAAACAUGCAACGCAUCACUUACACUGAAACAACAUUGUAACAACUUGCAGACUAUACUCUGACACCAGAACAAAAGAUAAUAUACUUUCCAACAUAUCUGACGCACUUUCAGAUGACGAAGAAAAAAAAUACAAAAAGUAUUUGAAUUCAUAAAAGACAUUAAAUUUGUCCACCUAAUUUAA